AUGCACAGACCAGAGAGGAAGAUCAAAAAAACCAAGGCUUUAGCGGCGUGCCACAAGAAUAACCAAGAGACGAAUGAAACAAAGACAAUCAGGAAGAAGAUAAAGAAGAACAUGUGCUACAAUCAGAGGCCAUGGGCUGAUCUUCGAGAAGAACUUCUGGAUAUAAUCUCUAGUAACAUGAAUAUUGCAGACUAUCUCAACUUUGGUAGAGUUUGUAGAAAUUGGAGAUUGUUUUAUUCAGAAUACAGAGACAGUUUCAUGGCAUCACAAUCACCUCUCGUCAUUCACAUCUCAUCACGAGCAAAGAAAGCCUGCUAUUUUCACGAAAUAGCCACAGGAAUCAAAUACAAGACAAUGCUUCCCAAAUUUAUUUGCCACUUCAAAUUUUGUCUUGGUGUUUCUGGUGGGUAUUUAAUCAUGAAAGAUCGUUGGAGUCGGAACUUUUGGAUACUAAAUCCCGUUACAGGACGCCAAUUCCAGUUCUCUUGCGAGCCCAAGCCUUUUGAUAAUAGUGAUCGUGCUAUUUUUGUUCCAACCGGAUCUCAUGACGAAGAUUUUGUUGUAGCCAUUCUCUCUCGUUUCAACGAAACCUUGGAGUUCUACAUAUCUAGAUUUAACCUAUGGAGAAAUUACUCUCAUAGACUGGAGAAUUGGCAUAUUUUGGAUGUAGUUGCUUUCCAUGGUAGGAUUCUUGGUAUAACCAAUCAAUCUCAAAUUGGGAUACUUCACCUCAGACAUUCUUAUUGGUACUUUUUGCCUCUGAAAUUUGCACCUCCUGUGAGCAGCAAUGUGAGGAUAGUGACUUCAAAUAAUAAGAUUCUGAUAGUGGAUUAUGUAAUUCGGGCUCUACAAGCUGCAAUUUAA